UUAAAAGCAGUCACAACUGCAGCGAGACUAUCAGUCCCAGAGCUUUAACACUUCAACACAAAACCCACUUGAUUUUAAAAUGAGCAACCAGUCUUUUCUAGUAAAUGUGAAUGACUGGAUAGUAGAGAACCAAAAUGCUUUUCUACCACCAGUGUGCAACAAGCUCAUGCACUUUUCCCAGUUGCUUAUCAUGUUUGUUGGAGGUCCCAAUACCAGGAAGGAUUAUCAUAUAGAGGAGGGAGAGGAGUUGUUUUACCAGCUGAAGGGGGACAUGUGUUUGAAAGUGAUUGAAAACGGCAAACACAAGGAUGUGCACAUCAAGGAGGGAGAGAUGUUUCUGCUGCCUGCUCGGAUCCCUCAUUCCCCUCAGAGACAGGCCAACACUGUAGGACUGGUGGUAGAGAGGAGGCGGCUUCUGACAGAGACCGACUGCCUGAGGUACUAUGUGGGCAACAGCACUGACAUCCUGUUUGAGAAAUGGUUCUACUGCCAGAACCUAGGAACUCAACUGGUGCCAAUAAUUAAAGAGUUCAUGGCAUCUAAGCAGUGCAAAACAGGAAAACCUGAUCCAAAUGAAGUCUUCAGGGAGCCUCCAUUUCAGUUUAAUACCAUGAAUGUGAUGUCACCCUUCUCCUUCAAAGACUGGCUGGAAAAACAAAGGCCGUCACUGGGCAAUGGAAAGUCUGUCGACAUGUUUGGAGCUCAGUUUGAAACAGAGGCAACAGUGUUCGGACCUGGACUGACAGAGACGUCAGUGCGACAAAGUGAUGUGUGGAUUUGGCAAAUGGAGGGAUCCUCAAGAGUAACUUUGAAUGAGCAGGAGUUCACCCUUUCUGCAGGGGACAGUUUGCUUGUUCCCGAGCAGAGCCAAUACCAGUGGCAGAGAGAUGAGGGGACUGUGGCUUUGUGUGUGGUUCAAAACCCAGAGCGGAAAAGACCCUAACCAUCAACUGCCUGUUCGCAUAAAUACAGCAGACUCUCAUGUGGAAAUAUACCCCUGUUCUUCACAUAGAGCUCUAUCGGUCAGUGAACAGUGCAAUGGGUAUCAUUAUCACAUACAGUACGUUGUGCAAACUAUGCACUCAGUUAAGUUCUGUUUAUUGGUAAUGGAAAUGAGUAUAAACCGCUUUCAGCAUUAUUGGCUAGAAGAAACAACAGAAACUGAAAGUGCACUCAUUCAUUUUGACACUGCAUGUAAUUCUGUAUUAACAUUAAGAGAGAACUAAUAAAGAUAUAUCUUAAGAAAUGAAAGUGCACAAUAUGGUUAUUUGUCUUAACACACACUCUCCUUGACAGUUAAUUACAGUUCGUUAAGCGUAAUGACUGCUACUGUUGUCAGACUUUGAAAAAAGUAAAAGUUGUAGUUCCAGUAGUUCCAGACUAAUCCCGGUGACUGAGAAGAUGUAAAACACAAGUUUCAACAAGCACCAGGAAUGUAACCUUGUUGUCAGAUGGUGCCCAUGUGUUGCAUGCCAACUUCUGCUUGAAAGUUUUUUAAUCCACUUUACAAUCUUUUUUCAACUGAAAUGACCGUUUCUAGAGAAGUCCCAAAUGCCUGGACAUGAGUUCAGAAAAGAUUUGGCUGUGAGACGUGGUAAGACACAUUCAUAAAACUUGUCUCCCAGGAAUGGGUGCAGCUAUUAAUGAGGCUAAGGUUCUUUUGAUUUAUGUGUUGUAGAUAAAAUGGCAAUAUGCAAAUGGAAUACACGUGGGUCUGGUGUUUGUUUAGGACAGUAUGGUCAGAUUUUCUGAAUAUAAACUGUGUUGGUGCAUUAAAAUGACAUUAAACAGGAUUUGUACUAACAGUUCUAAAUCCUACUUUUCAUGUCACAGAGACGUCUCCUUAAAGACAAACUUCACCUAGGCAUUGUGUCUUAUUUUCAUUCAACCUUUUCCAAUAAAAAGCAAGUGUUUUU